AUGAUUGAACAAAAUAAGGAUAUGACAUCAGAUAAUGAAACACUGACACAACCAAUACCAUUUAUUCCAUCUUAUUUUCCUAAAACCUUGAUGCAACAGAAAUACAGGUUUUUCAAAGUUCCCAAGAAUUUACCGACCGAAUGGAAUAAAGAUGAUUCUUUAGAACAUAUAAAAGUGUUAAAUAAUGGACUCCGCAUUGAAUAUAUAGGACCUGGAGUAAACAUCUGGAGGGAUGCCGCGGCUAUUAGAGCAAAUCAUCCUAUUCCUUCCGAAGUAGGAUUUUACUACUUUGAAGUUAAUAUCAUUGACAAAGGUUCCCGUGGAAAUAUAGGUGUCGGACUAACGAAGAAAAAUGUUCCACUUAAUCAGAUGCCAGGAUGGGUGCCAAUUUCGUAUGGGUAUCAUGGUGAUGAUGGUUUGGCGUUCAAAAAAGGACAAGGAUCAGAAUACGGGCCCUUGUACUCAGCAGGUGAUACUAUAGGAUGUGGUAUAAAUUACUACGACAGGACUAUCUUUUUUACAAAAAAUGGUAUAAACUUGGGUAUUGCAUUUAAUAAUGUGAGCAAUAAGGAAUUAUAUCCAGUGAUUGGAUUGAUUAGCAAAGGAGAGUGUGUCGAGGCAAACUUUGGCGCAAUGCCAUUCAAGUUUGAUAUCACUUUUUAUUCAAAGGAAAUAUUACUUUGGGAAACAUCUAUAGGGAAUAUUUAA